AUGGGUGGCGAUAGUGCGGGUGCUAACAUCUCGCACAACAUGGCUCUGCAGCUGGCUCGAGCUCAUCACGAAUUUCAGUUUUCUGGUGUCAUUUUAAUUCACCCUUACUUUUGGGAUGUGAAACCCAUUGGUUCCGAGGAGAAAGAUAUGAGUAAGAAGAUAAUAAUGGACAAACUUUGGCCGAAUAUUUACCCAUCAUCGACUGGUUAUGAUGACCUACUUAUCAACCCCUACAAAGACCCGAACUUGUCAAGCUUAAGAUGCAAAAGGGUACUAGUUUGUGUUGCAGAGGAAGAUUUGUUCAGGGACAGAGGAUGGUUGUACUAUGAAACGUUACGAAAUAGUGAAUGGAAUGGUGUUGUUGAGAUUAAGGAGUCACUAGGGGAGAAUCAUGUGUUCCAUCUGCUUAAUCCUGAUUCUGAAAAUGCUGUGAAGAUGAAGGAAUUAGUGAUUUCUUUCCUCAACCAUCAAGAGAAGAUUCCCGGUCGGAUGUAA